CUAUCUUUUUCCUAUAGUGACAUGUUCCUGUGGACGAAAGGAGGGAGACAGUCAGCCCUGAAAUACGUUGUUAUGAUCAGUGACGGACUGGUAAAUAACAGGGACAAGGCCAAAAGGAAGGCGAGAGAACUCUCUCAACGACAAGACGGAAUCAAAGUGGUAGGCGUGGGACUAGGCAGGUCUGUGUAUCACACAGUGUUGGAGAGUGUGGCCUUCAAUAGCUCGUACUUACUGGCACCAGAUCCUCAUAAACUACUUCACCUCCUACAAUGGGAUCUACACGACCCGAACGUUACAGGUUGUGUACAUAACUUCAGUGCUGAUAUACUUGUAAUAGUGGAAACAUCGGCGUCACAGAGCGACAAAUCCUUCAAGAAAGCGCUGACCUUCCUACAAACAUUUCUGGAUAAAUUCAACCCCAGUCAUACUAAUAACGCCAUAACCAUCAGUGUAGCUGUAUAUAACAGUACCACAAACUAUGUCAUACGGGAAUGUCCACUGUCAAAUAUACAGUAUAUAAUGGAUGCCAUAAGGACACUUGGACAAUCCCAAGAUCAAGAACAGAACUGGGAUCAUAUGCUGAGGUUUGUUGAUAACCAUACUUCCUACAGCAGUGUUACAACUCAUAAAUACGCCAUGUUUGUAACAACUGGGUCUAUACCAGAGGAAUCAGUGGUACACGUGAAGACGAAACUCAUGCAUCUGCGUGACAACAACAGUGUGCGCGUGGUGAUGGUAGGAAUCACUGACCACUCGAACUGGAAAGUAGUAGAAAAUGUGUACGAGUGUGGAUUCUAUUCCUUCUCCACCGAGGAUGUAGACAUCGUGUCACGUGUUCUAUUGAAUGACAUCAAAUCCACAAACUGUACCAAACUGGAGAAAUGAUGCCUUGCCCAAUAGAUAAGUUACAUAAAGAACUGUAAACUAUUUUAAAAAGCUUUGCUGCUCAAAAAAACAAAUAUGCCCGUCCGUCACUCCACAAUUGGUUAAGGUUUUCGGCAAAGUUUCUUCAAAAGCCUACACACGUUAUCAAACACAUCUUCACGAGCUUCUGAUUGCGUUACACUCCAUGUGGCUAGCGAAGAUGCAACAAACAGUACUAUAAUAAAUAAUCGCAUCAAAGUGUCUCGUACAGUUGAAGAUAUUCAAUUCAUCCAGCGAGCCCUGUAUUUUUAUGACAGAUACUCCCGAGUUUGGCCUCCAAGUUAAGUCAUGAAAAUUCAGACAAAUUUUCAGAAUAUCCAAUUGAUGGAUUUGUUGAUCAUAACCAUUGAUAUUUUUCAAAUAUUUUAACGCAUUACCAGUUAAUAAUGUACUGUAAUGACUUAAAGCGGACAAUUUUAACAUGAUUGUGUAGUGUGUUCAUGAUAAUAGUAACCCUUUGAGUGAGACAGUUGAGCAGACAUGGGGAGAAAAUUAUCUUCACCUUCCCAACUUUUAACGUAUUUUAACUAGCAUCUUAGCCAUAAAAAUCAACAUCAUACAUCACUCAAUUCUGUCAUAUUCACACUCCAGUAUAAAUAUCGGAAUGUACCCAUAUAUAGGUCAAAUGCGAGGUUAAAGUUCAAACACCAAUCUAGGACAUUCUACCUUGCAGACAGUGAAGCAAUCAUGUAUUAGCAGUAUGUUCUGUUCUAUCAAUAGCUUUAAUAUAGUAAUAAAGAAGUUAUUUUGUUUCAAAAAAAAAAAAAAAAAAUAUGACAAAAAAUAUUUUCAGUGCAUAGAAUCUGUCCGGUACAAGUUCCAUACAGUCUAGCUUGCCCGGUUAUGAAUGGAGAAUACAUUUCUUUAUAUGUCGGUAUCUACUUCAUUGUUCAAUAUAAGCACAUGUGGAUGACACAAAAAUAACUCCUGACUUCAACUGAUAGAAGUGGCAUUCAAUGCUCCAGCAAUAUAACAUUUCCCCAACUAUGUUACAACGUCUUUUGUGAUCACCGUCAGACAUAAGAUAAACUUUUUGGUCAGGAAAAUCCAAAUAUGACCAGUAGUGGAAAUUGGUCCUCUAAGUUUGCCAAAUCACGUACAUUAUCACAAAAUUCAUUCUGUAAAAAUACAAAGUUGUAGUUAAUUCAUUAAGGUAGUGGAAAGGAAUAAAUCUUUGAAAUAAAUGACAGGACAUAUUGCCCCAAAGAAGGGAGUAGGUGACAGGAACCUUCAAGAUGUACAUAAAUAGAUUAUAAAAUAAGUGACUGAUUUAUUUGUGUGGUGACAUGUAUAUUCACGAUAAGAAAAUGUUGAAAACAUGGAGGGCUACCCCGAUAUCCCCCAAUUCAGGGCAUUACAAUGAUCUCUCACACCAGAUACAGUGUGUAUACAACUGUCCAGGAUAUUACAAGGAUAUCUCAGCGCAGGUAAAGUGUGGAUACACCUGUCCAGGGAAGUAUAGGGAUAUCUCACACCAGGUAAAGUGUGGAUACACCUGUCCCGAGUAUUACAAGGAUAUAUCACACCAGAUAAAGUGUGAUACAACUGUCCAGGGUAGUACAGGGUAUCUCACUCCAGGUAAAGUGUGAUACACCUGUCCAGGGUAGUACAAGAUAUCUAACACCAGGUAAAGUGUGAUACACCUGUCCAGGGUAAUGUAGGGAUAUCUCACACCAGGUAAAGGGGUACAGGGUUCCCAGCGAUGUACGGAGUCGAAGAGGAUUAAUUCAAACAUCUUAACAUGUUUGUGCUCAUUUUAUUUUAUUGAUUACAAUAUCAAAGUUUAAGAAUUAAAUCUCACUUUCAAUAUUA